UUUCUCUCUAAGGGUCAAGUAUCUGUCUUUGGGUCCUGAGUUCCAUUUCCACAUUUAUUUGCUGUAUGACCUUGGGCAAAUAUCUUUACAUUUCUGUAAAAUGGGAAUAAGAGCAUCUAUGUCAAAAGGGUCUAGUGGGGUUAAAUGAGUUGACACUUGGGACAGAGUGCCUGCACAUUAUUAGUGCCCAUAUCCUGAUGGCUCUCUUUAAAAUGCUAUGAAAAUCACAAGGUUCUGAUUAUCUAAUAAUUAUAGCUGGCACUUAUAAAAAGCUGACGAAUGUCAGCCCCUGUUCUAGAAACAUUAAUUUAUUUGAUCCCACAACUCCCUAUAAAGUUUGUACUAUUUUACUCCCUCUUUUACACACGAGGAAACUGAGGCCCAGAGAGGUUGAGUGGCUUGCUUAAGGUUGCCCAGCCAGGAAGAGCUGGCUUCAAUCAUAGCCAGCCACUGAUCUUCCUAUUACAAUGUGCAACCCCUGAUUGGGGAUGGAGGUCAAGUUCAUAUUUGUACCCUUUGCCCUUCAUGUACAGCCAGUGAGGGCCAUAGCAUUGCCCCUGGGGUGCCUGGGCUUGAUUCUUUCUGGUGUUAUGUCUGUCUCUGUCCCUCCUCCCCUAUUGUCCCCUCCUUCCUCCUGCCACCACCCAACUCAGACUUCCUCCUUCACUGAGUUGGCCACAUCCCUCUGGCCCUUGGAUUGUAGUAUCCAGCAGUGUCACCUGCAUCAUGGGGGGCCUUGGACCCUCCAACAGGCUCCUGCUCCUGCCUCUCCUUCUGACUGUGGGAGGUCUCAGCCGUGUCCAGGCCCAGACCACGAGUGAAUGCAACUGCUCAGCAGUGAGCCCUGGUGUGCUGGCGGGUAUCGUGCUGGGGGACCUGGUGCUUACCCUCCUCAUCGCCCUGGCUGUGUACUCUCUGGGCCGGCUGGUUCCUCGAGGGCAAGGGGCUGUGGAGGUGGCCCGGAAGCAGCACAUCACUGAGACAGAGUCGCCUUAUCAGGAGCUCCAAGGUCAGAGGUCAGAUGUCUACAGUGACCUCAACACACAGAGGCAGUAUUACAAAUGAGCCCAAACUAUGGCAGUCAACAACGUGAUGCCUGGAUCCAGUCAUCCCUGAUAGCUACCCAGCACCCUAUUCCUACUCCGACCAAGAUACAGAUCUACAGAGUGCCCUCUCUGAAAUAUCCCACUUUCCCACACCGCUGCCCCCAAAUAAACAUGGAGCACAAAA